AAUCGCCUGCAGAUCAGAAACGACGUCACGCACACGUCCUGUGAAAACCCGCGUGUAUCGUAGUGCUUAUAAUUGUGUGACUAUUAGUGAAAUUUAUCUGAAACAGGUGUUAAUACAUCCAAAGAUAUUUAACCAGUGAAAAUCAUGAAGUGUUGUCAAGUAGUGUAGUGAUGAGUGCAUAAAGAUGGAGACGACAGCUUUGCCCCUGGAGGGGGAUGAUGAGGGACGACCCCAGCAGGCUUCUUCCACGGGAAGUGGAGCGUCAUCAGGCGCUGGUUACUAUGGACAUAAGAAUGGAGAAUGGCGUGGAGAAAGAAGAAUGUUGGAUAUAACGAGGGACAAGCCAGUUAAAGUCUGCGUUCGAGUGGUUGUUCCCGUCAGAGAUCAUCCAAAGUUUAACUUCGUGGGAAAGUUGCUCGGUCCAAAGGGCAAUUCUCUUAAACGUUUACAAGAAGACACGAUGUGCAAAAUGGCUGUACUGGGACGAGGUUCCAUGAAAGAUAGACAGAAGGAAGAAGAGCUACGGAUGUCAGGAGAUCCCAAAUUCUCUCAUCUAUCAGAGGAGUUGCAUGUGGAGAUCAGUGCAUUCGCGACACCAGCAGAAGCCCACGCCCGUAUCGCGUACGCACUUGCUGAACUAAGAAGAUUUUUAGUACCGGAUUACAACGACGAUAUAAGACAGGAACAAAUGCUAGAAAUGCAAAUAUUGUCAUCACAGAAUGAACAGCGUAGACUGUCGCCGCCCGAAUCUUCUAGAAGCAAUAGCGAAGAGACACUACCAAUACGAGAUACAGCAAAACAACGGUUACCCACAGCAGUACCAGUGACGCAGCCGGCAUUGGCUAGUGCCCCGGUUUUGCCUGUCAGCCACGCCCCCAGCGCACGUGAUUUUUCACCACCGGCUCCCACACCUGCGCCUGAACAUUUGCCCCACCACCAGAUGACAAGUCCAGCAAGCCAUGGAUUGCUAGUUGGAGGUGGUAUUUUGCAACAACCGCCUGCACACCAUUUACUCACACAAAACUCUAUUCUUGGUGCAGGAGACAUCCUGGGUUUAAGCAGCCCCGUUUUGGGUGGGGUACUCCACACCCACCCCGCACUGCGAGGGGUCAAGCCAACAGCUGUUCACGCGCUGGCGACGCAAGGUGUUGGUUCGGGUGGAGCGAGCACCCGCAAGCGGCCGCUGCUGGGAGGCGCGCGGAACGCCAUCUCGCCGACUAAGCGAGCUGUCAUGUCAUUAUUGGCGCGCGCUAGGGCUGCCACGCACAAACAUGAGCACCCAGCUCUACUACCUCUGAUACGAGAAGAUUUCAUGACUGGAGUUGGAGUCAACAUCAACCUAGCGUAAUAUCUAGCCAGAGUUAUCAUUAUUGUAAUAGUAUGCGCUGUUCAAUUCUUUCGUGAUGAACUCCCGUAUCGGCUGUUAGUAAUUUAUGCAUACAUCAGUCACUAAAAAUUUCAACCUAGCGUGCGAGUCUCUGAAGUAGACUAAUUUAUUUAAUUUAUACGCAAAUUAUGUAUGAAUAACUCCAAAAACUAAACAUUGUUGUCAUGCACAGAUGGCUGACUGAAGAAACUGGUCGGUGAAGGAAUUUACUUUUUCUUUAUAGUUAACGACAAUUCAUACAACCUUUUCCAGCAAAACUUCAGUCUAUUUCAAGCUCCAAACUCACCCAUGUUUUAACAGGCAUUAAAGUCAUCGAAAAGUAAUACUUGCUCUCUUUUAUAUUUUAACGUAAAAUUCAGACCGAUUGUCAAAAUGCAUUAUUUUAUUUAAAAGGUCUUUAAGCUGCUGUUAGUUUGGUGUUUAUUUUAGGGUGCGUCCACAUCUGGCGAAUGUGCCACGAAUGUGCAGUUCGCGAGCUGUUUGCGAACUGCGCGCGUAUAAGGAGAGCAUGUGCCGCGCGAUCUACGCCCACUCAAUUCUUGCGCUUACAGUAUACUUGCGUGGGCGGAAGGACAUAUUCGCGGCAGAUUAGCCAGAUGUAGACGCACCCUUAUGAACUUAAUCAUAUAGUAGUACUAAUUUAUUGUCGUACUCAGACUCGUCUAUUAAUUUUAUAAUAGUUGAUUAAUUAUAUAUCUAUGAACGGUACAUAAAGUACGAAUUUAAUCUUAAUGUCUCAAGUGACGAUAAACUCUUAAUAGAGGACUCUGAGUACGGUUGUUAGUCUGUAAGUGGCUUUUACCCAUUUUAAGGCCUAAUUAGUGAAAAAGGACCACGUGUAUAUAAAACCCCUCGCCUUCUAGUCUGUACAUAUUUAGAAAUGUUUUAUCGUGUAAAAUCAAUGUAAGUGUUAAAAAUAAAUGUAUGCGUAGUAAAAUAUCUUACAUUGAAGUACUUAAUUUUUCGUUGAAAAUUAUACUAAUACGGUAAUAAAUUUACCAGAAGUGUUUAGACAAUUAAUUAUUAAGAGCUUAAGUCGGGGUCUUGGGUUCUUUUUCUUGUUCUCUCUUUUCAUAAUCUGAUCAAGUUGCGUGCUGAGACUAGAAAAUAUUACUAAAACUAUUAUUGAUUACAUUUAUCAGUUAAAAUCUGUAACAAAAUAUCGCUAACCCAGAGGAUGCAAUUAUGCAAUUAUUUAUAGAUUUGUAUGACAUUGAAUUAAAAUGAGGCUAGCAAGCGUUAAUGAAAACUUCCUUGAAACAAACUUCGUGAAAGAUACCUAAGUCUCUCUGAAAAGAUCUGUAUCGUUAAAAACUUUUUACCAAUAAUAUUAAUACUGCUAUUAUUAAUUUUAAUUUUCCGGAAUAAACGUUUUUAUAUAAUCUUAUUACGACACAAAUUUCAUCUGAGAUAAAACAUUCUUUAAGUAUUUCAAUGUAAGUAUAUAUAACUUAAAAUAAUAUUUUAAAUUAACAUUACUAGAGCAUUUUAAUAAUCACUUAAUAUCGGUAUUUUAAGCACAAUGUUAAAAUUGAAUUCACAAUAAAGCACCUUCAGAAAAUAGAUUAUAUUUAGAUAGAUUCGAAUUCAUUGUCAUAAAUAGAAAAUAUAACAUUUGUAUAGAAUUUAACGUCUUAAAUAUAGUUUUAUUACCAAAUAGUAUUAUGAUAACAUUUUAAUAUUGUAUUCGUUCGAGAGAAAUUCUCUCGAAGAUCGUAAAUUUACAAAAACAAAAACAGUAUUAUAAUACAAACAAAUGAUAGCAUGCAAGUCUUCGCAAAAUCUACAACUGUGUCAAGUUCAAUAGCUGACUUACAAAAAAAAAUAAGAAAAAUAUUUUUCAUUGAAGCAGACGUAAAUUUAUUUAACAAUAAAUCAAAUUAUUAAGUUCUCAAUAAAUCCCUCUUAUAAGCAACACAAUAUUUUUUAUUAUUAUUAACUACUGUUAACGUCUUAUGUGGUAUAUCUUUUUCUAUUUUUUUGAAUAAAUUCCGGCUAUAAUAUUAAUAUUAAGUUUUGCAUAAAAUUAAAUCCUAUACAAUUUUUUACAAAAUUCAAGUAACGGAGUACCUACCUCAAAUAAAUUUACAUCUGUUUUGACUCAUAAAUAUAUUCAUGUAUGUAUGUAUAUUUGUUAUAAUUAAUAAUAUUUUAUCGUUUGUACUUGCAUACAAUAUUCUUUGACUUUUGACUGUGUUUAGUUCAUCUUUAAGUCGUUGGAGAAUGCUUACAUUUUGUAGAUAUGUGUUUUAAAACUGAUAUUCACAACGAAUUAUUAUACUGAACAAUAUUCCCAUGGUGGUCUACCAAAGCAACAAAUAUCUUCGAGAAACCUAAACGAUGCUGAGAUGUAGUCUGUGGAUAGCCGCAUCCACAGAUAAGCCGCGGAGAAAACUGAAACUCGGAUACAAUUUAAAUAAAACUUCACGGAAAUGUGAAUUUAUUAUGUUAUUUAACGUUUUCUUUUCAACCAUCAUAAUCUGUGACCUCAAUAAUUGUAAUAAAACAUUAUCAUUUAUUAAACAGUUUAUAUAUUAAGUGAGCUCACCACUAGUCCCUUUUUUAUAAAUGUCUUACGGUUUGUAUAUGUAUUUCAUGUGAAUGUUGUCAUAAGAACAUGAUAUAGCCUGUAUGAUACAAUAAAUGUUUGAAGUUACGUAGACUAUUGCAGAGUAACACAGAUACACUUAUGAAAUUGAUAAAUAAAUUUUCAAACCUUUUUCUGAUCAUAAAGCGCGUCAGAAAAAUAACUCUCAUAUUUAAGUACUAUAAGUUACUGUAAACGUAUGAUUUUAUUUAAAAUGCAGCAUUGUUAAAGAUAAAAUGGAAUUGUUAUGUUUUAAAUAUUAGCCUCUGUUGAGAUUUUCCUACUUAUGAGAUGUAUUGAGUAUGUAUAUACGCUGUAUAUUAAUAAAGUUUUCAAGAA